CCUUACUCCUGCAAGCCCGAUCAUACUCACAGAAGCCGACGGCGGUUGCACCCCUCGCGAGGCCACACUCGACGAUCUUUUCCCACCCUCUCCUGAGCCUGCACCAACACCCAUUCAUGCCCUUCCCCCGCGUCCCCCAGCGUCUACCGCGGCCCUACCGAACUUCAAACGUACGAACUGCUGGGCGUUUGCCGCCAAACUCAAGGGCUCCCAGAAACGCACACCGCCCACACGGUCAACCCACCCAUCUCCGAAGAUCCUCUAGCUUGGAAUGGCUGCCUGCGUCUGGCAAGUUGCCGGUCACUCAUCUAUCGCCUGUCUAUCACAUAUGCACAAACUCCUGCAGCGGAUAAACACCACUGAAGACGGCACCACUCUUGCCUCUGACCACCCCGACUACAUUGCGUCCACCUUCAAGAUCGACUCCGGACAGCCCGACAAGGUGUCGACCUUCUUCGACAACCAGGUCAAAAUCACCUACGCCAAUGACUCCACAGUCCCAGACGAAAUGUACAAGCUCAUCAACUGGCUGUGCAGUCUCGGCUAUGAAACCCACUGGUCGUCCUCCGGAAUCAAAGGUGACAAAGGCAACUGGACCCGUGUCUUCUAUGAGGUGCUGGACCGACCUGGUGGUCCGGCUACACUGUUCGAUGUCGCCUCUCCCCCCUACACUUACCCCAGCAAGCCGGAAAUCCUUCAAUUCAUGGCAACAUUCUUCAAGAAGCAGGGCAUUGAGCUCGCAGAGAUCAUCGGCGACCCAAACACCAGCAAGCCUUCAGCCGGCGCACCCUCGCUGUUCUUCGUCUUUCAGUCACCGGCCCAAGCUGUGACGAUCCGAACGACAACGACUACGGAGCACCGACUACACGUGUCGACCACAUGGCAAUCACCACACGAUAACCACGCAUCCUGAUCACAAGGUGCUCCACAACUCAUAACAGCGUCGGUACCGAUCAGUACCCACAUCGGGACCGCUCCCCUCGUAUUGUCACAUAUAUGGCAUCGUCUUAGGAUUUUUCCCCCCAACUCUUGAUAAUUGUCAUAUUCUCACCCUGUCAUAGUAUCAUACUCUUAUUGCACGCCUA